UUCCUUUUCCCUCAGAAAAGCGAAUUUCUUUUUUUCUUUCCUCCCAAACAGCCCCCCAAUUUUUACGCAAAUAUCUGAAAAAUCUCUUCAGUUUUUACUCUUUCUUCCCGGUCCAAACAACAAGGCCCGAAAACCAUAAUAAGAAUUUCAAGAAAAUCUCUAAUUUGAAGGCCGGAAAAGGGAAAAUUUAUAUGGGGGAAGAAGUGAAUAUGAGUGAAUAUGAAGCUAAUGGCGGAGAGGAUGAACAGGUCACCGCCACCGCAACAGCCACAGCUGCGGUCGUUGACGACGACGACGACGACGAUGACGAAAGAGUUAUCGAAUGGGAGAUGGGAUUACCUAACACCGAUGAUUUAACUCCGUUAUCACAAUCCUUAAUCCCACCGGAACUCGCCUCCGCUUUCAGCAUCUCGCCGGAGCCUCGUCGGACCACUCUCGACGUCAACCGCGCUUCUCACAGUACCCUCUCCUCUCUCCGUUCCAUCGGGGCCCACUCCUGCACUACCAAUAACAACAAUAAUAAUAAUGAUAACAAUUUUCGUUCUUUCAAUGACCCGAUGGUAGGUGAACCGGAAGGGGACGGGUCGGGUUCGGGAUCCGGAUCAGACUCGAAGAAGAUGAGGAAGAUGGAUAUUGCAGAGGAAGCGGAUUCAGCGGUUAGGACGACGGAGAAUUCGGAGGAUCCGUCGGCGAGGACGUUGAAACGACCGCGCCUAGUGUGGACGCCGCAACUGCAUAAGAGAUUCGUUGAUGUGGUGGCCCAUUUGGGGAUCAAAAACGCGGUUCCCAAAACGAUCAUGCAGUUAAUGAACGUCGAAGGCUUGACCCGCGAGAACGUCGCCAGUCAUUUGCAAAAAUAUCGGCUUUACUUGAAAAGAAUGCAAGGGUUAAGCAACGAAGGUCCAUCGUCUUCCGAUCAGCUGUUUGCAUCAACGCCGGUGCCGCAGAGUCUUCAUGAGGGUGGAAGCGGCGGCGGAGGUGGAAGUGGUGGUGGUGGUAGUGCCAAUGGGAAUGGGCAUAUGGGGAUGGCUAUAUCGAUGCCUUAUGGGGCACCAAUGAUGCCAAUGCCGAUGCCGAUGUAUGGACAUGUGGGGAUGCAUCAAGCAGGGUAUCUUCAUCACCAUCAGCAACAGCAUCAUCAUCAAAAUGGGUAUGAAGCGAAUCCGUAUGGGAUUAUCCAGCGGAGUGAUUGGUCUGGUGGGAAUAACUAUGGUUCUGUUGUGUCGUAUCCCCAUCAUAUGGCUCCCAAUGAUAAGUUAAAUUAGUUGUAUUUUUGUACGAAGAUUCAGAAAUUUUGAGCAACUUGGUGUUCACUUGACUCUCUGAAAUUGGCUGUGUUCUCAUGGUUUCUUGGCAGACAGAUGGAUUCCAAUCCUGAUGAAGCAUUUGGAGAUAUUUAUGAAGCAUUUGGAUAUAUUUGAGUGGAGUUUUGAAGUUAUGAACGAGACUUGAAUUGAACCUGGCAAAGAGAUAAAAUCUCUCAGUGGAUUGCUUUCUUGAUUUACUUGAUGGCAGACAGAAGUUCUCUGCAUAUAUUACAUCUUCUACCUAGCUUAUUACCUGAUAGCAGCAUGGAAGUACCCCAGCAGUUUACUCAGCCUCUACCUUAACUAGAGCAAGUCGGAAAACUACAUUCUUACCUUGGCCAUUAACCUGUGUAUUAUUGAAUAUAUUAAACUUUCUUUUCGGCCAAGAAACAAAAAGCUAAUAAAAAAGCUAAGCAAAAGUCCAUCACCCAUCUUGCUUGUUAUUGGAUCAAUGACUUUAUGAACGUUUGGCCACUUUAUUUGUUGAAAACUUUUCAUCCUUUUCCCUUUGGCUUGAAGAAAUUAGCAGCCAAUCCUGUAAUUUCUCUACAUCCUCAAAUUAUACAAAUUCCAAAACAAACUUUAUUUUGCU